CGCACGGUCGUAUAGUCGCUGGUAACUCGCAGAAAUAACAAACUAAUAAAGAAACGAGGUCUGUUAUCGAAACGAACGAAUAUAAUACGAAAUAGCAACUGUUAUAACAUUUAGAAAAAUAAAUGUUUUUUUUUUGUAUCGUGAGUUUAGUGUCGUUGUAUUUGUUUAGUGCUCAGUGAUUCUGUGUUCAGUUUUGAAGUGUUGCGCCGGAGUCCCGUUGGCCGUGUUACCGAUUUUCUAUUGGAUGUUUUCUGAUGUUCUGUAAAAUGCAAACACGUUGAAUGAUCAUGCGCAAGCUGGAGAAAGAAAACGACAUCACAUUGGAAUGACACAGGUACAAUAGAGGCAUACAAUGUCACAGUCGGCGCUGGGCCUCGGUGGGGAGCGGAGGUACUCGGUGCCAUCCAACCCGCUGAUGCACGACCACCGAGGGAUGCACUCAGAGGAUCUGCACGCGUGGUCGAUAUACAGGCAAAACCUGAAUUCGGACUUCACUGACAGUGCGUUGGGCAGUACAGACAAGAGCCCCCUGCCAUACGGGAACUUCCAGCUUAGGGACACCACCGUGCAGUCCAUCCUGUCACACCCACGAUAUGGACCCAAAUCGGCACUCGGCUCCAAUAUGUAUACGUACCUGAAGUUCGGGCUUCCUCGGGUAUUUCCGCCGAACCACAACGGGUCGCAGCGCUCAGGGACUCCUAAACCUAAGACUUCGAUCGGGAGUGGCAUGAAACCUGUGCCUAGGAUCCAAAGACAGAGUCGAGGUAUGCGCGAGACAUCAUCAGGUUACGACAGUUCAGACAACGAGACUACCACUAACUACAAAUACAGUCGCAAGUACCGGUCGGACCCCGACUUUAGGAUGCAGAACGUACACCCAUCUUUACAGCCGAACACAGGAGUUCCAGUGGUAGCUAUGCAGCAGGCAGGUAUCCGUGGAGACGGUCAAUGGACGAACUCCAGACACAAGUCAGUCAGUGAAGCCAAUCUACUAGGCAUUGAUGCAAGACCCCAACAUCGAUCCCACUAUAGCAAUAGAAGAAACAGUGUAGCCGACUACGUCCCUGAUGGAGACCACCAAAGCUACCUAAUGUCACCUUCCCACUUGGGCGGUCGGAUGUCGAAGGCAGGCAGUCACAUGUCUAUAGCUCAGUCUAGAAAACACUCCACACUGAGACCAGGCGACCAUCUGGACGGAUACACACACUCUGCGUAUAUUUACCCUAAUUAUUAUAUAAACAGUUUAGAAAUAACAGCACCGGAAAACAAGUCAACUCUUCUGGUGUCUGGUCUGAGUUUCGAAGUAAAGUCUGGAGAAAUAUUAGCGGUUCUAGCAACAUCUCAUCAUGAGGCCACUGGACUACUCGAUGUUUUAGCUGGUGUACGGAAGAAACUAACAGGCGACAUAGUCCUCAAUGGUCAACCAGUUGCUUCCUCAACUCUUCGAAAGGUUGCAGCAUACGUUCGUAAAGACACUUCCCUGUGUGCUUCCAUGACAGUUGAACAUACCUUGAAGUUCCACGCCGCUUUGAGAAGACCAAGAAAUAAUGGGCAGGUUAAAAUGGACGAUAGAGACAGGAUAAAUCUUCUGAUAGAAGAACUGGGGUUGGAACAAGUCCGGGACACGAACGUAGGUCGCCUCACUCGAUCAGAGAUCCGUCGCCUCAACGUUGCGUGCCAGCUACUCCUAGACAUGGCCAUACUAAUCUUAGACCAACCGACUAAGGAGAUGGAUAUCUUCGACACUUUCUUCCUGGUGGAAUACUUGAGAAACUGGGCCAGUACUGGUAGAGUUGUCAUCAUGUCACUGCAUCCACCAACUUAUGAGAUUUUCGCAAUGCUUACUAAGGUGGUCUUAAUCUCAGCCGGUAGAACGAUGUUCAGCGGGUACAGAAGGGAUAUGUUGCCAUAUUUUGCUUCCAUCGAUUAUCCCUGCCCAGCUUUCAAGAACCCUUCAGAUUAUUAUUUGGAUCUGGUGACGCUGGACGACUUGUCAGCGGCUGCUAUGUUGGAAUCAUCGGGUCGCAUCUCUGCACUUGCCAAUGUGUUCGCUGGUGCGCAAGCGCCGCCUGACCCACCGCCGCCCGUGCCACUACCCGCCCCACUUACCCGGCCUAAUGUGCUUGUACAGGCUGGAGCCCUUAUAGAGAAAAGUCUCCUAUUCACUCAAUCUACAACAUUAUCGAACGUGAUAACUCGGAUACUCUUGGCCGCAAUAAUGUCUUUGAUUACCGGUGCCGUGUUCUGGGAUCUUCCUGUUACAGAUCCGAAGCUUACACAGAACGACCGAGUAGGCUUCCAUUAUACAGUAAUGUGCCUCACCGUUUGGCCAAUCCUGUUGUGGCUGAGUGCGAGAGAAGCCAGUUCAAUGCGACAUCAUGUGGAGAGAGACAUCGCCGUGGGACUGUACUCUAGAACUGUGUUCAUACUUUUUGAUCAAUUUUUGGAGUUAUGGUCGGCAGGUUUGACGUGGCUAGCGUACUUAGUGCCGAGCUACGCUAUGAGUGGGCUGUACGCUCAGUCUCCCGCCUCCUUCGACGGAUUUUAUUUAUACUUAGGUUACAUGCUGCUAUAUCUGAUAAGUAUACAAAUGUUGUGUCGAGCGACAAUAUUCCUUGUGCCAAUGGAGAAGACUGCCGCAGUCAUAGCAGGGUUCUGCCUAUUGCUCAGCACCCUUGUCAAUGGCGUGAUGAUACACAGUAGAGAUCUGCCGGAUUACGUCACGUGGCUUCAGAUCGUGUCGCCCUCUAGAUGGACUCUACCGGAACUAUUGGAGAGGGAGCUCAGUGAAGUGGCGCUGAGGAGCAGUAUUAGUAAUAGGUGUAACAAUAAACAGGGACCAUACAAGGACAUAAUAGUACAAUCACCGUGCCCUCCUCCGAACGGUACUCAAGUACUUUCCAACUACGAGUAUCUUCGUUCUAACCAUCUCUGGGAAUGGACUGAUGACACUUUCCUCAUUUCCCUAGCAAUAUUCUAUGGAGUAUUCGCCUUUGUAGCUCUAAUAGCAUUUGUUGCCGAUUGUACUAAAUACACUAAGAGAAAAGACCGAAUUUCCAGAAAAGGACACAAAGUCAGUGCAAAUACUCCUUGAUAUACAUCAAAAUGAUUACGAGACUUUUUUUUUGUUGUUGGGAUGCGAAAAACAGAUGGCGCUGUUCAUCAUGUAGAGCUCCAUGUUUUUCUUGGGUUGCAACAAUGGACACAGAUUCCAUGUUUAGGUAGGGAAUUGGGUGGUAUCGUUUCAUAGCAACAUGAGACAAAUAUUAUGAGACUAGCAUAGUUUAAAAAGGAGAUCAUAAAUACAUAUUUGUAAAAAAACUGGUAAUCAAUUUUAGUGGUACUAGAAAUAUCCAUUAUAAAAUAUUAUUUUUAAGUUUUGGGGAUGUUGCUCAAUCAGGGCGAUUAAAUUGAAUGGUUUGUAUGAAUAAGGAAUAUAAAAGUCGAACAAUGUACAAAAGUAUGAAUUGUCAUAAUAAAAUUAUGUAAUUAGGUAAAUUCAACUUUAAGGGUUGAAGCAAAAGGCUGACUAUAGGUCUUCCGUCCAUAUAGAUGUAUGUACUAUUUUAAGACAUUGAUUAUCCUUAUACCUACAACUAUAAUCUUUAGUACUAUUUUCUAGUGGGGUGAAUAGGACCUAAGGAUCUAUUAAGGAUACUAUUCAGUGAAUAAGGAUAAAUAACCAGGCAAGAUGGUAGCCAAAAGUCAACAUAUCCAGUAUGAAAAAAAAACCAUUGCUAAAGCCUGAAUAUAUUCAUAAUCCAGAAAAUAAAUACUUUAGAAUCAGAAUGAUCUACUAUACUCUGCACUGAGUACCUAUUUCCAUUCACCCCAUUUACGUUUAUACUGUAUUUCAUUACAGAAACGAGGUUAUCUAUAAAGAGAUCCAUUUCUUUAAAGCUUUCUCUUCUCUACCUCUUAUUAGUAGAAAAGUAUAAUAAGCAGAAUCUGGCAACACCUAUUGAACUAGUUAUUUUUCCAAUAUGGCAAUGUUGCUGCAUGUUUGGAAGAUAAUUGUGUGCCUUGUACAUGAAUAUGGUAGAAUAAUAAAUGCAUAAUAAACAAAUAAUUCAAUUCAUAUUAAGAUUAGUUUUUAAGUUAAUACUUUAAAAAAAUGGUGCAGUUUAGUAUGAUAAUAUUACUGUCUAAUGUGGUAAGUAACCGUCCAAUGUUUUCAUCAAUAAAGUUCAAUUUUCCGUGCACAAAUUAAAAAAAUGUUUAGUUAAACAAAGUCAAACCCACUGAUGCAUGUUACCCCGGUUCAUUAAAAAAACGAUUUUGUGUUCAUAUGAAAAUUGAGCGUGGAAAUGUAGAUAAUAUUUUAUUUGAUUGAUUAUUUUAAGUGAUUAUAAACAUUUUGUUCACUGAGGCCUUUCCUAAGUCCUUUUCGUCAAAUUAGUUUUAAAGUGAAGCCAUAUCACUUAAUUUUAAUUAUUAUUUUUAAGUUACCUUAGCGUCAAACUAUACAUAUUACAUAUAA